AUGUCCGAUCGGUUUUUUCGCGCCACAGAGAAGGUUAAAAUCAUAAUCAAGAUGAGACCGUGGUCACCAAAACGGUCGAAGAAGCAGGAAGAUGGCUCCGGCCGUUGCUAUCUUAUGGAAUUACCCACUGAACUAUUACUGGAAAUCGUUACCCAUUUGACAGUACUGCCGGAGGCAGCCCUUGCAUUGACUUGCAAGCGCAUGUUCGCCAUCUCCGGCGAAAUUCUACUCUCGAAGUCCCUCCGGUUCGCUCGAGACUUUGCGCCGCUCUUCCAUCAUUACCGUAAUGGUCACAACUUCGUCACCCCACGAUGGUCAUUCCUCAACCUACUUGAGAACAGCCGCUGGAAGCUUUGCUCCAAGUGUCUCAAGCUUCAUCCUCGAGCCGCUUUCUCGCCGAAAGAGUUGAGACGAAAGGCAGACCAGCGAACGUGCAAUGUUGGCGAGUUGGCCGGAAUUGUCGACCUCUGUCCAUGCAAGAAGUUGACCUUCCGGGAUAAACUUGAUCUUGUGGAUCAUGUACGCGCACGACAAAUCACGCUGCAAGCUUUGAAAUCAGAAUUUGGAAAUGCCGUCGACGAACGUUAUUGUUGGCAUACAUGCACCGAGCAGUAUGGUCCAACGGAGCUGAAGACUUCCCUGUUCCCGGAACUCGACCACAACAACCAGCUGAUUCUUUGCACGGAAUAUCAGCUCACCACCGAACCGGGUCAAGUUGGAAAGGAAGAUUUCAUGACACCACGAUUCGGAUGUGCACAUCGAUCAGUUGACCUCUGGCUGUCAAGCGUCUACCAAACCACCAUAUGCCGCCUAUUUGACUCAUUCUGUUCAUCGUGCAAGCGCAUCUCGGUCUGCAGUGCAUGUGACACGACGUUGAAAUGCCCACGGAAGCAGCCCUUCCACAUUGAGAAGUCAAACAAGGCGACGUAUUCAUUCUGGACCGAGCGAAAUCUCGGAGGCACAAGUUCCACUCCUGACUCAGCCUGGGGAAACCAGAGAAUCCACCCGGCUGAACCAUCAAUCAGCGUGGAGAAUUGCAACGAGCUUUGUCCCUGGACAGUGCGUGAACACCCAGCGCUUUCCUUCACGCCGAGUUUGGGCGAGGAAAUCAUUGAUCCUGCUAUGGGUAAUUCGCCCAUCAAUCAGCUAUAUUCAUCACUUCGCAAUCUUUAA